AAAUCUGUACAUCCCCAGGUAGUUUUACUUAAAGCACAUCCACACUGUCCAAUAGCAUCAAUCAACUGCUCAGCCGCCUGUGUGAUUGGCUGAAAGUCCAGUAGCACCUUUCCGAGGUUACGCCUCCUGCAUGGGGUGACCUAGGGCUUACUGUGAGCCUGAUUAGUUUAGUGGCUGAUGAGUCCAGUAUGUCAGCAAAGACCCUCACCAAAACAAAUGCAUGGCUGUAGAUUUGCUUCUACACCAGUUUCGGAAAAAAUGGUGGCCUCAAUGCUCACCUCAAGUGAAUAUGUUCAACCUAAUCACCAACUGCUGCACCUGGGUCUCCAAAAUACAGGAACCAAUCAGGAAAUUGACUAUUCUCGUGGUGGGUCUUGACAAAGCAGGAAAAACAUCUUCUAUCAGGGGGAUGUUAAGAGAGGCCCAUGGAGGAGAUGCGGGGCCCACACAUGGCUGUGUACGACAUGAGCUGAGAGUGGAGAACUACCUGGUAACUCUACUGGACACGGGAGGGUCUGCAGACUGCAGGAGCCGCUGGAAAGACCUCUACAGUGAAGCUCAUGGCGUCAUGUUUGUGGUGGACUCGUCUGACAGACAGAGGAUGAAGGAGGUCAAAGAGGUUUUAGAAGAACUGCUACAGCACCCCAGAGUGGCUGGAAAACCGUUACUGGUGUUGGCUAAUAAGCAGGACAAAAUGAAUGCGUUGCUUGGAAGUGAAUUAAUUGAGAUUUUGUCUCUGGAGAAGUUGGUUAACCAAAGCCGCUCUUUGUGCCAUAUUGAACCUUGUUCAGCCUUAAUGGACCUGCGGCGCUGGUCAGAUCGGAAGACUCUGAGAGGCCUUCGGUGGCUGCUGCGGGCAGUUUGUCUGGACUAUCCAGAUCUUUGUGCCCGAGUGAUUCAUGACAGCAGGAAGCCACUGGAGUCACAAGAAAAGGAGAAAACCGAGAAGACUGAGAAAGUCCGUAAAAAAUCCAAAGCAGACAAAUUGAAGUCCAGCAAGUCCAGUCUUCGCCAGGUCCAUCGUCCAAAAGAAAGAGAGAAAAAAGCAAAGAGUGAAGGAAAACUCCAACCGAUUCGAAACAUGUUGCAAAAGGAAACUUCCUUAAAAAAGAAAUUAACCAAGAAGAAAAAGAAAAAGAAACCACCAAAGCCCCCAGAAGAUGUGAAAGACAAGCAGACAGUGAACAAACAGGACACAGAGGAUUGUGAUGAAGAGACAGUUGAGGACAGAGAGCAAGCCAACACUGUUCUCCUCCCACCGAAGAAGAGCAAACCAAAGGACAAACCAAAGAGAAAAGAAGACACACAGGAUGUGUCAGAGGUACCAACCCAUGAAGAUAACAAGACACACAAAGUCAAAGCAGAAAAUAAGAAAAAGAAGAAAGUCUCUAAAGUGAAAAGGAAAAACAAGAUUAACACAGAAGAUCUGGCUCAAACAUAUUCACAGCCUGUGGACCUAUCCUCAACAUUUGAUCUCUACCGAAAAGCCAUAUUGGCUCUCAAGGAACGUCAAGAACAGGGGCAAGGAUAAAAUAUAUUUAUACAUUAAAUUAUGUCAUCCCUGAAUAUUUGGAAUAACCAAUAUGUAAUGAAGGGAUUUUUGUCUAUACAAAAUGUGCACUGUUAUAUAGGCCUACAGUUAUAUGCAUGGUGAUGCU